UCCCCAUCCACGAAUUGCUUGAAGGAAGGAGCUGCUGAUGCCCACUGUUUGAAACUGAAGAAUGACCUUUUGCAUGAACUUUUGAAAUGUUCUUCCCAGCAGUGGAACUGGACCUCUCAAAAUGAGGAGAAGUUGAAUAACUGUUAAAAAUGGAAGGGGGUUUCCUUCUGACUGUAUUUAAGCAGACUAUGUGGCUGUUUGAUACAUGCAGUCUUGUUUUCUUCUGCUGAGCCCCCUUCCCCUGCAGUGCUGAAGGUGCAGAACCUUUGCUGGGUUGAGGCUUUGUGGGUGCUGAGCACCAUCUGGUAUUUCACCCAAGUAAGUCAUUGUUUAUCUGGGAGCUGAAGCAGUGAAUAUUAGCAGAUUCUUAAAACUUUAUACCAUUCUGAACUGACUCCAAUAAUACUUCUGGUAGACAUCCAUUGCUAGUGGUGGGGUUGGAGACCUGGCUGAUUUUCUCAACCCUAAUACAGGGAAAUUGAUACAAGUUGUAGCUUCCACAUUGAAGUUGGAACCUUAUCCUUGUAUCUCUGUUACUUUCUGAUUAAAUUGGAGUUCCUGUGGUGUAGGCUGAAGAGGUUUGCCACGCUAUUGACACAUGAAUGCUAUGUAAUAAAGUUUUAUAUAACUUCAAAGUACUGACAAGCUGAAUGGCAAAGGAAAUACUUAUCAUUACUUUCAGAAAAAUUCUUAAGUGCUUCACCACAUACAACAAAUUGUCUGACAUUUUGCAUAUAAACCAGUUGAUAAAUCAUUUAUUUCAUGUUAUUUUGUACACUGAUAUGAUGGGAUUAUGAUGAGAUAUGAAGAUGGCGGACAUUGACACAGCUGGGAGACAGUCACUGACAGCCUUGACCUCUGGAGGUUGACUGGAUAGGCAUUGGAAGAGGCAAGCAGAAACGAAAAGCGAAGUUGGCCGAGAAGAGGGCCCAGAGAAAAUAGAGGCCAAUGAAUCCUUUGCAGCCCGCUGUCUUCCUCUACAGCCAACACGGCAGAGAUUGCUAUGCCAGCGUUGGGCUCUUGAACCACGCCAGGCGAUGGUUAACACAGAGUGGAGCACCACGGCACAAACCAUUGUCUCAUGAGACAGAAGGCUGCAAAUGAAUGAAUGAUGGAGUUGCUGUUGCCAUUUUAACUGAUUCAAAGGGAGACUGUACUGACUGGGACUGCAGCAUUAAUCCAACUGUUAGGAAAGAUCUGAAGACGUCUGUUCAGAAACUGUUUUGUUGCCCCAUUGAAGGUUGUCCAAGAGGACCGAACAGACCGUUUUCCCAGUUUGCCCUCGUUAAGCAGCACUUUAUGAAAAUUCAUGCUGAAAAGAAACAUAAGUGUGACAAAUGUAGUAACUCGUAUGGCACAGAAUGGGACUUGAAACGACAUGCUGAGGAUUGUGGGAGGAUCUUUCAGUGCACUUGUGGGUGUCCUUAUGCCAGCAGGCCAGCACUGCUGUCUCACAUUUACAGAACUGGACAUGAAAUCCCUGCUGAGCAUCGGGACCCACCACGCAAGAAGAGGAAAAGUGAGUGGUUAAAUCAAAAUCACUUGAACCAGGUAGCAAAAGAGAAGCAUGAAGUCCAGGUGGCCCAAGAUCCAACAGUGACAAACAAGAGAAACUGCAUCAAAAGCUCCUGCGGAGAUGACGGUAUUAAUCAGACUCCAGCUCCUGCAAAACAAAUUCAGAAAUUGUUGUUACCAAAGCCCAAAGUUGCACUUGUUAAACUUCCUGUUAUGCAUCUCACACAUUUACCAGUUCUUUUAUCUUCAGGCACCUCCAUGGAUAAUUCUGUGAAGUCCAUUGUUGUUGCUGUUGACAAUCAAGGAUCCAUUCUGAGCACAAUGCAUAUUUUGCCGACAUCAUUGGGAACUCUGGCACCAACCAUGGAGACAAAAGGGUUGAACUUUAAAGGUGAUCUGCCCAUCUCCAAGGUGACUAGCAUCAUGAUGGUCGAACCAGUCAGUACUGCAGUUCAAGUCAACAUGGAUUCAGGUUUUGCCAAUAAUCAAGAAUUGCCAUCACUUGGAGACCCGAGCCAAAAGAACAAAUUUAACUCCAUGAAUGUUCAGACAGACAUAUCAUACCUUGCACAGAACACAGUACCAGAAUCUCUAGCUGUGUGCUGCUCUACAGAGAACACUGUGUCAGCUUGCACGCAGACUGAUCUGAGUUUCAGUGCUCAAGUGUUGCUACCCGUAAGUGUUGAGACACAAACGUUUGAACCAGACACUAAAAUCACCACAUCAAUAAGUGCUCAGACGGAUCCCUUUGGCCAGUCUUGUUUUCCAUUGUGUGGUGUUUCCAGGAAAACACAAACAAGUUUGUUAAAUUCUAAUCAUGAUAAAAGCUCUACAGUUCAAGCACUAAUUAAUGCAAAUAAUCAUGAAGAAAUUUUUGACCAUUCUCUAGUUCCCCCUUACAGUGUUUGUAGACAGACUCAAACUACUUUUGCCCUGGAUGCAAUGGACAUGGACCAACAACAUGAUCUUUUACAGAAUUCUAAGUCAGCUGUUGAUUUUCACAUUCAAUCCACUUUACUUCAACAGAACCCUACGACUGACAAUCAAACUCAGACAAUUAACCUAUUUAAUGACUUGGAAAAUAUCCUGUCUGAAAGCAUAGCUGGUCAUUCAUUAGAAAACCGUGGUCUUUUAUCCGAUGCCAUCAAUGCCUCUGGUGAGAGUAUGACGAGCAGUCAGACACAAAGUGCGGGUAUUGACUUUGAUAUUGAAGAGUUUUUAUCUGCAAGCAACAUACAAACGCAGACAGAAGAAAAUGAAUUUGGUGCUUUACAGACAGAGUCUGCCUUGGAAUCUCUGGAUAUUGAGACUCAGACAGACUUCUUGUUUUCAGACCAUCCUGUUCAAGCAUACAAUGGCAGGGGACAGUCCAGUUAUUUAGGGCUAGAAAUGUUUGACACACAGACUCAAACAGACUUCAAUUUCUUAAUGGACAGCAGUCCACAUCUACCUCUAGAUAGUAUUUUGAAACAGUCCAGUUUUCCUCUAAGUGCAGAGUCUUCUGGCACCAAAACCCAGACUGAUGAUGUGUGUUGUAGAAAUAAUUUCAGUAAUGCCCCUGAAAACCAUGUCCGAUUAAACUGCGCUGAAACACAGACAACCAGCAGCUCCUUUGAAAACCUUGGCAGUUUAUUCUUCACUAGUAAUGAAACACAGACUGUAAUGGAUGACUUUCUCUUGGCAGAUAUGGCAUGGAAUACAAUGGAAUCUCAUUUCAGCUCAGUUGAGACACAAACAUGCGAUGAAAUCUUUUCCUUAUUUCGAAAUACCAGUAAAAGCAGUGACUGAAGUGCACAGACUAAAAAGGAGCAUGAAUUUCAGCAUUGGUAUAUUGUGGAAGGUGGCAAAAUUUAAUGUCAAGUUGCAAUGCUGCUCAUCUCGUUUGGCCAUAGUGUACAAGGCGGGGGUAUAAAUUUUGUUGGGACAAAAAUGGCAAAGGAAUCAUAGAUUUAAACUGAUCUACUGAGGCCAUAGAAUUUACAGCACACAAACAAGCCAUUUGGCUCAGCCGGUCUAUGCUGCUAUUUGUGCUCCAGAGGAGCUUCCUCCCAACCCUCCAUCUCACCUUAUCCUAAAGGGUCUUCCCAUUUGGCUGGCUCCCCCUUUGGGUCUCUGCAUUCUUUUGUCUUGGAUGAAAAAGCAACUAAGCUUGAUAUGUUUAGGCUUCUACUAAUGCUGUUCAAUUUCCCUCUGUUCGCCUCCCCUUUUCUCGUUUGACUUUUCUGCUUUCUGUGUGGCACCUUCCUCCAACGCACUUCUGGCAUUGCUUAUUCUAUAGAAGUUUUACAGUGCCACAUUUUAAAAGUCAGGCAGUAUGUACCUUGAUUGCCCACUAUUUCAUGUUGGUGUAUCAUGAUCUUUUCUCUUUCUUCUCAGCAGCUUCUAAAGAUGGAGGGAUGCAGAUUCUUUAUGGGUUAAAGUUAGACACCAGAGUUCAUCUGGUACUUUGUCCAAGGGGCAGUUAUUUACAUGUGUCCCUCGCUAGCUUGGGUAGACAGGCUCUUCAGUAAAAAGCAUCAUCAUGCUACGGCUGUUAACUCUGGACAUAUUCCUGGAGGUUUCAUCACAACCUUCUACUUCCAAACAACCCGUCCAGUCUAAUGGCACUUUUUUUCACCAACACCAGUAUUGCUGGAAUCAAUAAAUGAAGUUGUUCAAAGAUUUUUUUAAAAAUCUUUGUUUUUAAUGUCCCUGAGAGUAUGUGCGACUCCAGGAUAAAUUUGGUUGGCAACCCUAUCACAGUCUAAUCCAAAACUGGUCUUCGUUAGUGUUCACACGUGCACUUCAAAUAUGGCUUGCUGGAUAUAUGUUGAGCACAGGAGUUGCUGCUGAUGAUUGCUCCCUACCUAACCUAAUGGCAUUGAGGUUAAUUUUAGCACUCCAAUCAUUGGCCCAAAGCUGAGAGCAGAAACUGCAGAUUGAAACUGGGCCCGUACUAGUGUGUGUGUGAGAUUCAGCUACGCGGCUGCUUAAUGUUGAGCAAUCGCAGAGCUGAAUAUUUUUAACACAAUGCUGAGAGAAAUCAUUGAGCAAAAGUGAAUGCCCAUUGGUGUACUUUUCUCCAGCAGAUUUAUUGCUUGAUGCAGUUCAUGCUAAAUGUUUGUGACAUGAAUUGGAUUAUAGUUGUUUAACCUGACCAAAUUAGUGCAAAGCUUUCCUGACCUUCCAAGGCUCAAACAUUAAACUUCCUGAAGUGACCAUUCUUGGUUUUCCUGCUCUCAUUAGUUGCUGAAUUUGCACAUGUUUUUGGCCCCUUCAUUGGUUAUAAAUUUUGAGUUUUUCAUGUAAAAUAUAUUUUGUACAACUAAUUUGAUUUGAUUUUCUUGUUUUGUUGGCUGGGGCUGUGUGCCCUGGGUGUUUAGAAAUUGCUUCACCAUUUCUGUGACCUUGCACACUAUCUAGCUCACUCAAUGAAUACAGCUUCUCACAAAGCAAUCAGGAAUGUUGUUGAGCUAUAUGUGGGUAUCCUCAUGGGCUUCGAGAGCAAAGAAUUCUCUGCUCUGAAAGCCCAACCUUUAAUGCUGCCAUCAGCUGAGCUAAAGCAGGCUGUAAUUAGUCAAGAAAUACUUCACUUCCUCCACCUACGAUCCCAGUGCAGAGCAUAAGUAUCUGGAACAAGACUGUGCUGGUUCAUCUGAGCAUCCAUGCUUUGUUCUUACAGUGAAUUAUUUCUUCCUGAUGUUUCUGCAUUAUUGCAGGCCCAGGUCUUGAAAUUGGGCUCUGUACCUACUGGCUGUGAUUUUAUCUUGACCAGGUUACAAUAUUGAUGAGUAGGAUGGUCCUUCCAUGCAAGCUACUGUCACCCAAGUACCUGUUUGGAGAAAUAAAGAUCACGUUUGUUGGAAACUUGGGGUCUCAAAUCCAGACGUGUAGCCAAUAUCAUGAGAGUAUUUCCAUGAAUGUGAUGGGGUCCCAUCCAGACCUAGUCAAAAUAAUAUGCCAGCUAUGCUCUUGCUACAUCAGUGAAUAAUUUCUGAGACCUUGUUGGAAGAUAAGCCUAAAUGAAUUCUCCAGACAAAAGGGAGACCUUCUUGUUUGCUACGUCUAGUGGCUGAAUCUUUCUGCCUGAAUCUCAGUAACAAUGUUUAAUUUUAAUCUUCCAGUUCCUCGGCUUUUCUGUGUAUCCCAGACUCCCGGUGGAUGCUCUUAUUUAUAGUCUCUUGCAUUUAUGAAUGAUGAGGUUUCUUAGGCCUGCUCAUAAGUUUGAUGGAGUUCAAGUGAAACCAGAAACCUGAAUCUGGAAACCAGCCUCAAUGCCCACAUUGGGAGAUAAAGUGCUAAAUUGCUGGGAACUGGUCUGAGUAGGUUUUCAGAAUUGGUGAUUCUAAGAAGCAAAUAAAUCAUCAUUGAUUGUUUUUAUAUUCCAUAGGACUAAAUGUAUAUCACAAGCUGGGAAAACAAGAAUUGGUUCCACCUAGUGAGGAGAGUUGCAAAGAAUUUUGUAAAUACUAUGCCUCAUAAUGUCAAAGCCCCAUUUGUAAGUGUAAACUGCUGUCUGCACUCUUGUUCUGUUUGAUUGUCCUAUCUGAAAUGUGGGGAUUAAGCCUUUGUUUUUGCAAACAAUAUUCAAAAAUGACUUGCAUUUCAGAGAUGCUUGGAAACCAUAAGAUACCUGUUAGAGGGGGAAGAACGAGUCCUUUUUAAGGCCAAAGUUAUUUGAGCUUUAACUGCCUCCUGUCUGGUGCAGUCUUUGGGUAUGAGGCAAGAAAAGCCCUUUUCAUGGCACUAAAGCUAAUGACUUUGCUAGACUUGGGCACUUGUCUUCCCAGUUGGAAGAAUCUGUAAACAUCACCAAGGGCAGUAUCUUAGAUUACACUCUGUUUCAAAGUGCAUGUCGCAAUUUGGAGCACCAGCUUAAUUUCUGAAACUUCUUUAACUCUUUACUUCAUUAAUGAGGUGUGAUGAUAUAGCAACUCUCUAUUGCACAAAGUCCUGUCUUGUUAUGCAACUAUUCCUGAAUUUUUGUUUUUAUUUCCUACAUUUUGCCAGCUUCCAGAGCUGUAUCUGGUUGAUAUGUGUUGAAUUCAUUUCACAAAUAUAGCAUUAAUUUUUUUCGACCAAAAACUAAACUGCACACUUAAUGGCAUUGCCUUUAUUAGUGUUACACUGCUGCUUUUCAUUGUUAAGUAUAAAUUUGUGUCUCUGACAUUGCAGUUUCUAUUUUUUAAAAUCCAAAAAUAGAAAUCACACAGCACUGACAAGUACACCUGCACGUACCUCUCAUAGUUUUUGAGUAGGCAUUUGUGUUUCAAGGCUCGCCCUGCAUUUGAUGUGCUGCAAUAUUUUCAGUAAAAUGUCUUUCAUUCUUCCAUAUGCUGAAUUGGCGUGUAAUUUGUUCUUGCCAGCAGUUUGAUUCCAAAGUAAAUGGCAGGCUCUGAUAUCUGUGUCUGAAGUUAAUUGUUUUCACAUACUCUUUUUAGUGUUCUGGUUAUAUUGCUGUUACUAAGCCUACCACAUUGCUUCAGGUAAAAUAGUACUCCAGUCCGUACACUUUUAAUGCUCCACUACACAGCUUUUGUGACGCUAUUCAUUUUUUGCAUUAUACUUCAUGGUUGCAUCUUAAAAUUUAAAACUGCUCAGCAAUUUUUCCCCAGUUCAAUUGAUCAUAGUCACCAAUGAUUUAUUGAAAUCCUACUGUGGCAAACAGUGCAGCUGUUAGCAUUUUGUACCCACUUCGUAUUAUUAACACUGAAAUUAUUAACACUGAACUAAAUCCCUCUAUUUUCAAACCUUGAAUAGAGUUUGACACAGUCAAAAUAAACAUUUUGCACAUUGAUCAGAGUUAUUGGCCUUUGUUAACAGCUGCAGCAAACAUGGCAGCAUUUCAGUACAGAAUGACUUUGGAUUCAUUACUGCAGUGUAGACUUUCAGGACUCCUAUAUAACUUAGGAGUAUCCUGCACAUUUUUACCUAAGCAUUACAGACUAGACUUCUGUCCUCACUAAUGCACCACGUGCACUCAUAUUUCUAAAAUGCUUGUUUCCAAGAGAUGAUUAAUGAAUGAAAGAAGCGAGGUAAUUUGCCUUGUACUCUUGUGGUCCUUAUUCUUAAUUUUUUUUUAUUCAUUCAUGGGAUGUGGGUGGCGCUGGCUAGGCCAGCAUUUAUUGUCCAUCCCUAAUUGCUCUUGAGAAGUGCAAUGCUGACAUACUUCAUUUUCCAUGUUUUGCACCAUUCUCUUACAGAAGUAAACUUUAUACUAGAUAAGUAAAUUGCAGUUUUUUUGUGUAACAUUUUCAUGAUGUAGUUCACUUUUUCUCUUUUACUGUGAGUACAUACAGUACAUAUGAAGUGUUCUCCCAUUUCCUUACAUGGGAUGUAUUAUUGUAUUGUUUGCUUAGGGGGUCAGUUGUUUGGCUGAAGAUUACCAAAGUCCACAAACCUUUUGAGAUGGAAUAAGUUGCGCUGUGACUUUCAUUUUUGGUUGGUUGGUGAUUUAAGUUACUUAAAAUUUUUCUUCAAUUUAUGAACUUCACUGCUCUUCAAAUGCUUUUGUAUUAUGUCACAUAGUACUUUUACCCACCUUGUCAAACUGGUCAGGUUUGGCUUUCAGUAUGAAAGUGACACUAGUUUUAGCAUUCUUGGAUCAGGAAGGAGAGAAGCCAACCACUGUUCAUGCUCUUGAUUGCUGCCCGGGCAUUCGAUUUGGAAUGGCAUUGUUGGGUAAGGACAGGAUCUGGCUCGGGUGGUCAUUGCUGAAACACUAAAUAUUUAAACUCUUAUAUGGAUGGAUGGAUGGCCAUCUGGUUCCAGUUUUGGAAGGCAGCUAAUGUUUGUGGAGCGGGAGUUGGGGCCUUCUGGAGGGGCAAGGACAAAAUUGGCGCAAAAAACGCCACCAAGCUUGAAUUUGCUUUUGAUUACUGACGUGAUUUUACUAAAAUUCCUGUUUUGAGUUGUAUUUUGUUUUUUGUUCUGCUUCAUUAAUUUGACACUUAACACCCCCAAAAAAACUGCAUGGUUCAUGAUUUUCAGCCGUAUUUGCACACAAUUAAAAAGGGGUCAAUGUGACUAAGAUAUGUUUAACUGACAAAUGACUGCUCCAUGUGACCUUGACAAGUGUACUUUUACACACCUCUGUGAUAACAUUUCUCCUUUGGCAGUACGCGACGAAUUAUGCAUCCCUUUUUAAUGCAUGUAAGCUAUUGUGCCAGAAGUGUUUUUUUGUUAAAAUAUUUUGUCAUGUGAGUAAGCAUUUCUUUAAGUUGAUGCUAUAACAUGAGAUUUAUUUCAUUGUACUCCAGUUAGCUGGAAUCUUGUACGUUAAAUUAUUUUCCCUGUGUAUAGUGUCAGUGAAUGUUUUGUGUAAAGCACUAGGAUGCUGGUCAAAAUUAUGCAAAGUUACACAAUAAAGAUCAGUUCCUCCUCCCA